AUGAAGUACGCCUCUUCCGUCCUCCUCGCGGCUUUCGCUGCCACCAAUGUCUUCGCCCACGGCGUCAUCGACAGUGUUCAGGGUGCCAAUGGCGUCACUCUUCCCGGCCUCUCCUUGAUUGAUGGAACACCUCGCGACUGCGCUUCUCCCCGCUGCGGCUCUGAGGCCGACACCUCUAUUAUCCGUGACCGCGAGCUCGGCACCAACCGCGCCUCUGCCCUCGGCCGCACCCAAGGCGGCGGUCCCGUCGACGCCGCCGCGAUGGUCCAGACCUUCAUGAACGGCGCUGGUGGCAACACGACCGCGGUCCAGCAGGCUCGCGCAGUCCACGAGGCCAACAUGGCUCGUCGCAACGUCAAUAUCGGCGCCCGUCAGAACGGCAAGGGUAGCAAGACGCCCAAGGGCACCGCCGAGACUGGCGUCAAGGCCGCCACCGGCAUGGCUGCCAGCCAGGGCAUGCCCACGACUGCCGACGACGGCACCAUCAAGAUGACCUUCCACCAGGUCAAUCAGGACGGCGCCGGCCCACUCAAGGCCGACGUCGACGGCACCUCAGGCGGUACCGACCCCAGCGCCUUCAAGCCUGCUGAGGUCACCCAGAAUGUCCCCGGCAUCGGCUUCGGCGGUCUCUCGGGCGCCUCUACCAUGGACUUCAACGUUGCCGUCAAGAUGCCCGCCGGCAUGACAUGUGAGGCCAACGUUGGCGGCGCCAGCAACGUCUGCAUCGCCCGUCUGCGCAACGCGGCCCUCGCUGGUCCCUUUGGAGGCUCCGUCGCCUUCACACAGUCCGCAACCGCCCGCAAGCGCGCCGUCGAGUUCAAGCUCCGCAAGCGCACCGAGGCCCGCGCUUUCAAGGCCUAG